GACACGCGAGGUUCUUUAUAAUAUCGCGGGUUUUUUUAAAUUUUGCGCGGGUAAUUUUGAACACACUUGUCCCAUUCAACAUAACGCGCAACGUGACUUACACGCUUUUAUUAUUACAAUUAAAAUAAUACGACAAUAAUAAUAAUAAUUAAUUAUUAAUAUUAUUAUUAUUUUUAAAUAAAAUAAUACUGUGACUGUGUCUCGAUAUUAAUAUUUAUUAUUUUUAAAAUAAUUUAAAACGAGACUGUAAUUUUAUUUGGGUGAGUGAGCUGUCAGGUGUAUUGCUGUGCAUUUAAAGGAUUUAAUUGAUAAAGAGAUUAACGUGAGAUAUAAGAAUUCAAUUUUAAAUCCAGUAUAAAUAAUAAUAAUAAUAAUAAUAAUAAUAAUAAUAAUAAUCACUUGGUGAUAAUUGACAAUUGAAAUAACAUAAGUGUGUUAAUAUAAAUAUAUAUAUUUAUAUAUAUAAAUUAAAUUAAACGCAAGUGACAGUGACAUUGCAAAGAUUGUUUUUAUUACGCAUUGUACAAACACUGUUUUAAAUUUACAGUACGAUAAUAAUAAUAAUUAUUGUUAUUAUUAUUAAUAUAUAAAUCGAAGGUAUGGAAUAUGUGUGCGUAAAUUCUACAGAUAUAUCGUCAAGUUACCAGAGGGUUAGGGGUUAAUAAGAUUGACAAGCGAUCGAGGUGGAGGUUUGUUGCAAUAAAUUAGUAAAAACGGAGCCGGUCAAAACGGAGCGGGGAUUUUCAUUUUGGAGCGAUGACGUGACUAGUGAAACGUGCAGAAAUUUGUUUAUGUUUGGGACGUAUUCGCACAAUAAUAAUAACAAUAGUGCUAGUAAUAAUAAUAUUAAUAGUAAUGGUAAUAAUGAUAAUGAUAAUGAUAUAAGUAGUAAUUAUAAUAAUAGGAGUAAUAAUAAUAAUAAUAAUAAUAACGACUGUGGUAAUAAUAAUUUAGAUAUUAAUUUAUCUGAUGCUCGAGGAUCGAACGACGUUAAUACAAGAGAUCCACACAUCGAGGACACGAAAAAAUUACUAGGCAUUCAUACAGAUCACGAGUCAUCGGGAUGCUCGGCUGACAUGGCAGAGGGUUCUGCUGAAGAGGAACAAAGCAGUACCGCAGCCCCGGCAUCGCCGCCCGCGGAUUUACGUACAAUAAAUACCCACUUAUCGCCAUCGUACCGACGUCUACAGCCGCCUCAGCCUCAGUCCCAGGCACCUCAGUCCCAGCAGCAAACCCACCAUCGUCCUUACGCAAACAUGUUGGCCACUGCGGUACCCAUGAGACAUAACUACAGCAUGCUGUCACACGUUAAGACCGAGGCCGCGGACAUCGAUCCUCCCUGCGACGUUCCAUUGAAUCUCAAGAGUGAGGAAAGUGAUCGAAGCAGUACCGGAAGUCCAGAACCAGCAUCGGGUGUCCUCCAUGAGCACCAUAUGCUCAUGGAGGGACUCAAAAACUCACGAAAAAGACGACGAAGUACGUCGCCCGAAAACAUGACCCAUUCAAAAUUUCCACGAUCAGAUUCUCACUUAAACGGUACCAUGGCAGGAAUGGUAACUCUGCAAAAUUUACAAAAUUUAGCAAACAUGCAGCAAAACUUACCGCAAGUGGCAUCUCUGGCAGCUGGACUACAAGCCGGGAUGUCCAGCGGGUUAUCAAAUAAUCAAAUGAUCAAUACUCCUUUAAAUUUAACAGUCAGUGCAUCAGGAGGAACUGCACCAACUCCCUCUAGCACGACGUCAUCGCCGCAUCUUCUGCCCUCAAGUUCAGCCCCGAUGGCAACGCUACCCCAAUUACUGUCCCAACAUCAGCCAGUGUCAAUGCCUCAAUUUAUUUUAACCUCAGGUCAACUGGUCCAAGGGAUCCAGGGCGCCCAGUUGUUCAUUCCGACCUCCCAAGGACUCGUUACGCAAACGAUACUCACUAUCCCAGUGAACCAUGUGACGAAUAAUCAAAUGGUGAACCUGGCGCUCAGUAAUGGCCAAGUUGUGUCGACAACUCUUGCAAAUCUUCAGUCAAUCGCACAGCCUCAGAACCUUAUGAAUACAUCAACGAGUAAUGUGCCAACGAGUCAAAGUCUUGCAUCGGGAUUGGGUUUGAACCCAGCGUCAUUGCCUCACUUACUAGGCAAUAAUUCAGCAAGUCAACAGUUACUCAAUGCCAUGCAACCACAACAGCUUCUGCAGGCUGCGCAAGCGGCACAAGCUCAAGCUGCCCAGGCUGCCCAAGCUGCUCAGGCAUCACAGCAACCUCUGCUUGCUACGUCACCGCAACACCAGCACAGCCAUCGGCAUACCUCACACCUCAACCACUACCAGCAAACCUCCGAAAAACAUCAUCGAGAAAGACCAGAACAGUCCUCGCCUUUAAACAACUCAGCGGUUUCGGCCGCGUCGGCUCUCAACAGACUGGCAGCAACAAAUGGGGAAAUUACAAUAACGACAACUCAUGGGCCAGGUAAUGCUGGGAUGAAGUUGUCACCUGGUAGCAGGCUCAGUCCUAAGGAAGACGAUGACGAUUUACUCAGUGAUUCUCCGAAUCAACCGACAAUCAAUGAAGCUACGAAUAACGUUGUGGAUGGAAUCAACUUAGAUGAGAUUAAGGAGUUUGCCAAGGCAUUUAAACUUCGACGAUUGUCUCUGGGAUUGACGCAAACUCAAGUUGGACAGGCACUCAGUAUCACUGAAGGACCCGCGUACAGUCAGAGCGCAAUAUGCAGUGCCCUGGCUACCCAGAUGUACGCUGCCUCGCAGAUUGCCUCUCAGCAGCAAGCUAUGUUUGAAAAAUUGGAUAUUACGCCGAAGAGCGCGCAGAAAAUAAAACCGGUACUUGCGAGGUGGAUGAAAGAAGCCGAAGAGAGUGUUUAUGAUUAUAGGUAUAAAAGCGGUGCCAAUAAUCUUACGGAAUUUAUUGGAGUCGAGCCAAGCAAAAAACGAAAACGGCGGACAUCGUUUACUCCACAGGCUUUGGAACUUCUCAAUGCACAUUUUGAUAAAAAUACACAUCCGACUGGUAAUGAAAUAACAACACUGGCACAACAAUUGGGGUACGAAAGAGAAGUGAUAAGAAUUUGGUUCUGCAACAAACGGCAGGCAUUGAAAAAUACCGUGCGGAUGAUGUCUAAAUAAAUAUUCAAAGACUGGAAUUAAUAUUAAUAAUAAUAAUAAUAAU